AUGCACACCUACAAUCUGUCGGCUUUUGAUGUUCAAGUGUGUUCUCCAAAGUAUUGGGCCAUGAUGACAGACCCUAUCAUGUCAUUGGAUACUGCCAUGUUUACUAUACUGGCGGCUCAUGUCGGUCUCACCAUCGGAACACUUUCCCGGCAUCUUCACAAACGGCCAGACCUCCGCCCUCUGGUCAACCGUCUGUUGCGUUUCGACACCGUUGGUAUCUAUCUCCUCACAGAGAGGGGUCACGGUCUAGAUGCAUUCAACAUCGAGACAACAGCUACGAAGACCCCUGAUGGCUUCAUUAUUAAUACACCUCGCGAAGAGGCAUGCAAAUUCAUGCCUGCUUCCACCCCAUCCUUUGGUAUUUCGAAGGUCGCUUUGGUUAUGGCCAGGCUUAUAGUCGACGGCGAAGACCGUGGCCCUCGAUUCUUCAUUGUGCCCGUCUGCAACGAGCACGAAAUGUUCGAAGGUGUCGAGUCGAUCAGACUCGGUGCUCGUCCUGGAACUUGCCCUCUCGAUUUCUCUAUAACGCGUUUCAAUCACGUCCAUGUUCCAUUCAGUGCACUUGUGUCAUCAAACAUCUAUGACCAUUCCCUGCCAGCCUCGCCUCUAGAGAAGUGGUGGGAUGAGGUAUGGCGCAUCCCUCUCGGAACCCUAGCUGUUACAGCACCCUGGAUAUCUUCCAUAAAGGCAGCUGCGUUCAUUGCCGGUCGCUAUUCUAUGCAUCGGUCCCUCGUGGGGAAAGGGGCUAAUCCCAUACCCAUAAUCACAUUCAGGACUCAACAAUGGCCUAUUGCCCACGCAACGGCUGUUGGCCUCGUUAUGAGCAAUUGGUUUCCAAUGGUAGCGAAGAAUAGCGCUGACAAAUCGCUGGACCAUCGUGUCAGACAUGGUAUCGCGGUCAUCGUCAAAACCACUGUUUGUCGACACUUCCAGCGCUGCGUGCCAGAGGUUGCUGAAAGAUGCGGUGCACAAGGCACCUUUGAGCACAAUUAUAUGGCUCGUAUUGAGAAUGACGGCAAAGGUGUGAUCAUCGCCGAGGGCGAUAUUCUCACUUUAUGCAUCCGCCUAUUCUCCGAGCUCCUCCUUCAGCGGUACAAGAUACCUCUUCCAGACCCAAGCGAGUCACUUCUUGCUCGGCACGCAACCUCUCUAUUGGAAGAGAAUAUCAGCCUUCUUAACAGCUUGCGCGGCGGACACCGUAGCGAGUCCUUCAACUCUCUCAUUCUUCCUCAGGCGGAGCUUGCGGUUGAAGCCAUGGGUCACGCGCUUGCUUAUUCCGCCGGUUUGAAAUCUGGUCUUCCGAAGCCAAUUCUUGAUGUGUAUGAAUGUGCCGUCAUCCGCCGCGAUCCAGCAUGGUAUUCGGAGAAUGCUGGCUUAACCCGAAUUCUGCAACGCAUUCGUGAAGAUGAGGCCAUUACAGCAACCCUUCCCCAUCUCGAUACUCACCUCAACAAUCUGGCCAUUGAGGAGUAUGUCUCUGCGCCUAUCGUAUCUGAUGAGGCGUGGAAGGAGUACCACGAUGAAAUGCCCGUUUUCUCUGGUCACGCUAUUCCCAUUUAUGAUCAGGUACCCGUACAGGCCAUGCUAUAG